CAAUUGCUAUUUAUAAAUUGAUCCAAGUUAAAAUGGCCGUUGACUUUGCAGCAUUUGUGAUUCAACGUCAAAUAAAUCAAAAAUAAUUUUAAAUAAAUGUGUUUCAGUUUAAUAGUCGUCUAUAUCUAAUGCAUAGGCUCAAAUCUAAGUAAACCUAAUGAACUAACAUUGUGAGGAAUAUAUAAAAUGAUCGUACAGGAACCCGUACAGGCUGCCAUAUGGCACUGCUUGAAUCAUUAUGAUUAUUCUGAUGCUGUUUUUCUGUCAGAGAGAUUGUAUGCUGAAGUCAAGUCUGAUGAUAGUUUAUACCUUUUGGCAACGGCAUAUUACAGAAGUGGUCAAAAGGAUCAUGCAUACCACAUACUCAAAGAAAGAACAGAUGCUUCAACACAAUGUAGAUACUUGUUUGGAAUAUGUGCUUAUGAUCUAGAAAAAUACGCUGAAGCUGAAGCAGCGUUGCUACAUAAAACUAGUGCUACAUCAGAUAAUUUCGACGACAUCGCUGCCGAAUAUGGCGAACAGGCAUCAUUCGCUUUGUCUUUGUUGGGUAAUAUAGCAGCCAAAACUGAAAGAAAACCAAGGGCCAUAGACGCAUGGAGAAGAGCUCUAAAGCUGAAUCCAUUUCAGUGGUCAAGUUUUGAAAAUUUAUGCAAAAUUGGAGAUAAACCGAACCCUCAAAAUUUAUUCCAAAUUUCGGGUAUCGAAAAUUUGCCGAUGUGCCAGGGAAAUAACAUUAAUAAUAUUGAUAGUGUCAUUAUAACAAAUAGUACUCCAAAUCAAGAUAAUCAAGAAGCAUACGGUACACCGCCCCAACAGAUUAUUGUAAAUUUUAACCCAACUUUAAAUUCGAGCACAAAAAUAUGUACUCCAGAUGAAAAUCCUUUGUGCACUCAGCCUGUGUGGCUUUCAGGAUGUGUUCCCCUUGGUCCCAGAGUGAAAUCAAUGAGGCCUCGUAUAGAACCUGCUAGUAACGGUAGUCCUCAACCUACUUUUGGACUCUUUUUCGACAACUCCACUACAGACGCGUAUUUUGGAACUCCUAAUUUAGUUUCACAACCAAAACUCACCGAAUCGAAUAAUCACCAUCAGUCACUGGCCAAAAGAAUGAAAGCCCAAGUAGAUCAGUUAAUGAAUAGAAAAGAAAUUCUUCCAAACUGUAAACCAUUGUUUAGUCAGUCAACCAACGUAACGAAGACUCCAACAAUACCUCUAACUGUACAGCCUUGUCCAAGGCGAAGUUCUCGUUUAUUUAGCAAUAGUUAUUCAGUCAAAGAAAAUACUAAAUCUGCUAACCAAAAUAAAUUUGCUACACCAAAAUCGCCGUCAAGAAAAACGAAACGAAUUACAAAAUGCAAUUUAAAUAAAAAUUCAACGUAUACAGAAUUAAACACGAGAAAUAAGCUUGAGAAAGAGAAAAGUGAAACAGUCACAUCUACAGACACAAAAAAUGAAAAAAGUGCAAUAAGUAAUAAUAGUAGUAAUAGUAUUGAGAGCUGUGUCCAACAAGCGAUUUUAAUGCAGAAGCAAAGUGCAGAGGGGUUAAUGUGUCUUCUUAGAAAUUUAGGGCAAGCUUAUUUAAAUUUAUCAAAUUUUGACUGUAAGGCCGCUAUAGAGGAACUAAACUCGUUGCCUCCAAAUCAGUUUGAAACGUCGUGGGUAUACUGUUUGAUGGGUCUCGCUUAUUUUGAGCUCUCAGAUUAUGAAUUUAGCAUUAAAUACUUUAGUAGAGUGCACAACUCGGAACCGUAUAGAAUACAGUUUAUGGAUAUUUAUUCAACCGCUUUAUGGCAGUUACAAAAAGAGGUGGCCCUAUCAGCAUUAGCUCAAGAUUUAAUAAAUCUAAACAAAAAUUCUCCUAUUACCUGGUGCGUCAGCGGGAAUUGUUUUUCACUGCACAAAGAACACGACACGGCUAUUAAAUUUUUCCAAAGAGCGGUUCAAGUGGAUCCGCAUUUUCCUUACGCCUAUACACUCCUUGGACAUGAGUAUAUUACAACAGAAGAGUUGGAUAAGGCCAUGAGUUGUUUCAGAAAUGCAAUUCGGUUAGACUCACGACAUUAUAACGCAUGGUUUGGCAUUGGUACAAUUUAUUCAAAACAGGAAAGAUACCAUUUGGCAGAAAUAAAUUACUCUCGAGCACUGGAUAUUAAUCAUCAAAGUUCUGUUGUCCUGUGCCAUAUAGGUAUUGUUCAACACGCGUUGAAGCAGACUGAAAAAGCUCUAAAGACUUUCAACGUAGCCAUAACAAAUAACCCAAAAAGUCCUUUAUGUAAAUUUCACAGAAGUUCUAUUUAUUUUGCCUUAGGCAGGCAUGCAGAAGCAUUAAAAGAGUUGGAGGAAUUAAAAGAAAUGGUCCCCAAAGAGUCACUAGUUUAUUACUUAAUAGGCAAAGUUCAUAAAAAAUUAGGCAAUAAGGAUCUAGCGUUAAUGCACUUUAGUUGGGCAACUGAUUUAGACCCGAAAGGCGCUAGCAGUCAAAUUAAAGAAGCUUUUGACCCUUCCAUUGGAAGAAGUGCUACAGCAGCAGAGUCGCCUGCUUCACCCGCUAAUGAAGAUUUUCCUUCUGAAAGUACUUCUGGUUUGCAACCGCAAGCUUUAAAUUUUGAGCAUCUUCCAGACGAUAGUGAAGAUAGUUUUUAAUACUGUGAACACCAAUUUCAUUCUUUUUUUACAGAGUAUUUUUCUUAUUUCAAACAAAUGUGUGAUUAAACUGCGAAUUUCAAGACGUUUGGUUAAUUUUAUCAAAAUCUGAGUUUUAUUCAACAACAGGUAGAUUCAUAUUUUAUUUGCACCUCUAAGUUAACACACUAAAUUGUGAAACAUGUGUUCGUAAAUUAUAGAUAUGUCCUUACAAAUAUAUGUGACAUGAGAAUUAAUGUAUGAUUUCAGUACUGAUGUAUAUUAUAGAUUUUAUUUAACCUUUUUUAAUACGUGUAAAUUUAUAUUAUUGUAAUUUUGAAACCAUAGAAUUAUUUUUUUAUACUGCAUUAUAUUUAGUUUCCUCUUUGUGUAAAAAGUUUGACAAUGUAACAAAUAAAAUAUUUACGACAACAUACCCCGUUUCGUCGGCAAAAAUUUUGU